ACAUAUCUUUUUAGCUCUUCUCGUUGACACAUUUCAACAACAAACCCUAAAACUGCUCUAAAUCAUUUGGAGUAAUUUUGGUUAAUCUUUGUGUCAAAAUUUUCAAAUCUGACCUAAUUUAUUUUCCCAAUUUCGAAGAUUGGCUCUGUUCUUCAUCAAUGAAGCUUGGAAGAACUUGUUGAAAGAUUCGGUAUUUUUGUGGUUGGUUUCUUGAAGACAACAGUAUGUGCAACUUCUCUUCUAAAUUGGAGGUUUUGUUGCUGACUCAAUCCAGUGCCUUAUUCAUCAUUGGUCUUUUUGAAUCUGGUUGAUAAGGCGUGUUUGGAUGAACGAUAAUUGCCCCACAACCAAAAGACUGGAAAAGCUAGCACCCAUUUCAGCAAACUGGCCACUCGAUUACCACAUAAAGGAUGAAGCAAAAGGAAUUGAGGAAUGGACUUGCCGGUGAAGGGCAGGAUCUCUUAGAGGAAGAUGGGUUAAGGAUUAAUGAAGAUGUAAGCUGUGGGAGUAUUAAGUUGGCUGAAGCAGACACUGUUCUGCCGAGUCUGCAGCAACAGCCUCAAGGGCCUGUGAUUCGCUGGGAGAGGUUUCUUCCUCUGAGGUCUCUUAAGGUUCUUCUGGUGGAAAAUGAUGAUUCAACUCGCCAUGUUGUCAGUGCAUUACUUCGAAAUUGCAGCUAUGAAGUUACAGCUGUAGCAAAUGGUCUAGAAGCAUGGAAAAUCUUAAAAGAUUUAACCAAUCAUAUUGAUCUUGUUUUGAUGGAGGUAGUCAUGCCUUCUUUAUCAGGCAUUGGUCUCUUAGGCAAGAUAAUGAGCCACAAAACUUGCAAGAAUAUUCCUGUGAUUAUGAUGUCAUCUACUGAUUCUGUGAGUUUAGUUGUCAAGUGUUUGUCGAAGGGUGCAGUUGACUUUUUAUUGAAGCCUGUUCGAAAGAAUGAACUUAAAAACCUUUGGCGGCAUGUUUGGAGGAAAUGUAACAGUUCUAGUGGUAGUGGUGGGAGUGAAAGUGGCAUACAAGCUCAAACUUGUACAAAGUCUAAAAGUGAUGAAGGGUCAGACAAUAACACUGGCAGCUAUGAUGCCGAUGAUAAUGGAAGCACUGGUUUGGAUGCUAGGGAUGGAAGUGACAAUGGAAGUGGCACUCAGAACUCUUGGACAAAAAGGGCAGUAGAAGUUGAUAGCACCAAACCAAUGUCAUCGUGCGACAACUUAGCAGAUCCCCCUGAUAGCACACGUGCCCAGGUUAUCCAUUCUAAACCCAAAGUGUUUAGCAAUAACUUGGUGCAUAUGAAUGCCACAAGGGAGUGCCAUGAACAGGGUGACGUGCUUGAGAAUGGCACAAUGGGCAAAGAUUUGGAGAUAGGAGUCCCUAAAAAUACAGAUUUACAGCUUGAAGACCAAAGCAAUAAAGUAUUAACUAGUGUAGCAGGUACUCAUAAGAAAACCUUUUCUGAUUUAGACUUGAAGGAAGAUUGUGAGAAACUAGAAAAAGGGAAAGGGGAGAUCAACAGAGACACAUCAAAUGCAGAAUUCAUGAAUGAAGCUGCUGAUCUUAUGGGUGCCAUCACCAACAGUACAAAUCCUCAGAUGGAAAGUAUGGCCAUCGAAAUUCCAAUGGACUUCUCCAAGAUCACCAACAUCAAAGAUAAGGCCAUCCAUGAUGCUGAAAAAAUACCUUCCCUUGAGCUCAGUUUGAAAAGACGGAGAGAUGCUGGAGAUACUGGGACCAAUCCGCAAGAGCGAAAUAUUUUAAAACAGUCGGACCAUUCAGCCUUCUCUAGGUAUAAGUAUAACACCACUUUGGCUGCUAACCAGGCUCCGACUGGGAAUGUAGGCAGCUGUUCUCCGUUUGAUAAUAGAUCAGAAGCAGCAAAGACAGAGUCGAUACACAAUUUACAAUCUAAUUCAAAUGGCACUCCUAAUCAGAAUUCCAACGGCAGUAGCAACAACAAUGACAUGGGCUCCACCACUAAUAACGUUUUUACCAAGCCAGCCGCGUUCACCGAAAAACCAAUGCCUAAGUCUGCAGUCAGUAUCCAUCCAUUCUCUGCCUUUCAACAAGUGCAAAGUGGGCAUAUGUCUUCAUUUCAGCCUGUCAUAUCAGGUAAAACCAACGCUGCAACAGUUGACAGGGUCCUGGCACACGCAAGGGGUAUGCACCACCAGGUCCAACUCCAGCACAACCAUCACCAUUACCACCAUCAUCACUACCUUGUCCAUAACAUGCAGCAACAGCAGCAGCUGUCCAACUGUGAUGAUUUGUCUUCGAGAAAUGUGGUAGCAGCUCCACAUUUUGCGCCAUCCAAUGUGUCAACCACUCCAAUUGAAGGCAAUGCUGCUAAUUAUGGAAGUGCUUCAGGAAGUGACAACGGAAGCAAUGGGCAAAAUGGUGGUAGCAAUCAAAAUGGUAGCAGCACUGCUGUAUUUGCCGAAGGCACAAACAUGGAAAGUGAUAAUGGUAUGGCUAGAAAUUUUGAAAUUUUCGGUGGAAAUGGGAGUGAAAGCAGGACUGAGGUACAUCAAAAUUGGUCCACACGGAGACAGGCUGCUUUGAACAAGUUCCGCCAGAAGAGGAAAGAAAGAUGCUUUGGGAAAAAGGUCCGAUAUCAAAACAGGAAGAGACUGGCUGAACAGAGACCACGUGUUCGAGGACAAUUUGUGCGGCAGGCAGUGCAUGAAAACGAAAGCAAGGUGACAAAUUGCUAACACAUCCUUUUUCCUGACAGUGCAUGUGGAAUACAUAGAUGAAGAUUAGCACCGAGUUUGUAGAUUGGGUGGGAGCAUCAAUUCAAUGACGGGCAAUACAAGGUGAAAAUAAAGUCAAUUAGUAGAGCUAUGGCAAUUGAAGACUACCAGUGUGAGGACACUCUGAAGACUACCCGAGACUAUAUAUUAUGUUGUUAGAUGACCCUUAAAAGUGUAGACCUAUCAAAUAAAACCAAUUCGUUUUGGUGUGCUGUGUUGUUGCUCAAACAGGAUUUCCGCAUAUGGAAGCUUGUGAAACUCUCUAUUCAAUCUCUUUGCCCCACUUUUAUGUGGUAUUUAGAGCUCAUCAAUGCUGAUUUUGUUGAA